AUGGCCGAAUUCAAUGUUUUAGCGGUACACAUGUUACUCAUAUUAUUCGUCAUAUCAUUAUUCGGAGAGACUUCAAUGGCCGAUCCUGUACAAAGCGACGAAACUAUGACCAUUGAGUUGAAUUGGGACAAUAACCCGGAAUACGAAAUAAAAUACAUCCAAGAUAAUGUCGAUUUAACAGAUGUGCCGAACGUCGAGUCUUUAAUGAAUUUAAUAAAAAAUGAUUCGUUUGCCGCCACGACUGAAGGAAAUAUUAUGAGUAACGCCACCGAAACUCCUUCCAAACCGACAAAGGAUGACCAGGUGACCAAAUCCACCACCAAGACCAUGACAAAGAAUACAAGGACGACAACAACUAUGACAAAUUCGACGACCUUCACGUCAACAUCGACGCCGACUACGAUGUCAUCGACAUCCACAUCUUCGGUGACGAUCUCGACUACUUCGACAAUGUCGGGCACUAGAAAUUGA